AUGAGAGGAUUAAAAUACUAUAUAAAUACUGAUUCACAUUUGAAAAAAUAAUUUAGACUUGAUUGGAUGAAAUCCAAGAGGAUAGUUGGAUGCUUUCAAUUUGCUCCUAAAUAUCAUAAGAUUCUUUUUCUUAGAACUAUCACUCAUAGAUCAUCAAGUUUUAUGAUUUAAAAAUAAAAUGAUAUAUUAGUUACACACUUUGAUCUUCUUAUGCAAUCUGAAUAAUUAAGUUAUCUUGCUUUAAAGGAAUUGUAAAAGCAAGAGAAUCAGGUAAUUGAUAUCUCUUACUUAUAUUAGUUCUUUACUUUAAAAAAAAAGGAGGAUAUAAUGAAAAAUCUAAGGAGAGCUUAAAUAUAACUCUACAUAUGUUCUCAAAAGGUUCUAUUCAAUUAUUUUUAGACUUUAUGGUUGAAAUUUAUAUGAUUAUAUAAUAUAUCUAGUAAUGAAUUUUAAUAGUUAAUAUAAUUAUUAAGAUGAAAAACUUUACUGUUUUUGAAAAAUUGGGAGAAGGUACUAUUAAUUCUAUAAAUACCAAUUAAUUUAGGGUCUUUCUCAACAGUGUUAAGAGUAAAACGAUAAUCUGAUCAAUAAGAAUAUGCUAUGAAAAAAGUGAGAAUGGGAUAAUUGAAGGAGAAGGAGAAAGAGAAUUCUCUCAAUGAGAUUCGCAUUCUAGCCAGCAUUUCGCAUCCUAAUAUAAUUGCUUAUAAGGAAGCAUUCUAUGAUGAGCAAUCUCAAAGUUUGUGCAUAGUGAUGGAGUAUGCUGAUAAAGGUGAUUUGUAAUAGCUGAUCUAGUAACAUAUUCAUUAGAAGUAAUUUAUCUAGGAAGCUGAGAUAUGGAAAAUGAUUUACUAAAUGGCAAUUGGUAUUUAUGUGAUUCAAUUCUUAGCUUUGCGAACGUUACAUCAAAUGAAAAUUUUGCAUAGAGAUUUGAAAUCUGCGAAUGUAUUUCUACACUAGGGAAAUUAUAAAUUGGGAGACAUGAAUGUAUCAAAGGUGGCUAAAAAGGAUUUGGUUUACACUCAAACUGGAACUCCCUAUUAUGCAAGUCCUGAAGUAUGGAGAGACUAGCCAUAUGAUGCUAAAAGUGAUAUUUGGAGUUUGGGAUGUGUUGCAUAUGAAAUGGCAGCCCUUAAGCCACCAUUCAGAGCUUAAAACAUGGAAGGAUUAUAUAAAAAAGUAUAACGAGGUUUAUACGAACGAAUACCGCCUAAAUUUAGUGGUGAGUUGAUGACUGUAAUCGGAUUAUGCUUACAGGUACAAAGCAAAUAAAGACCAACUUGUGCUUAAUUGCUUAACAACCCUAUUUUAUUGAGAAAUGCCAGAUAAUUUAUAAUAGAGAGUAGAGUUUCAUAACAGACUUAGUCUUCUCACGCAGGCUCAAACAUUCUGUUAUAAACUAUAAAAUUACCAAAGAAUUUAAAACAUUUGAAAGAGAAAUUACCAAAAUCAAAAUACUUAAUAGAAAGUGUCAAUAAAUCCUAUGAUGAAACACAAGCCAACAGUUCAUUCUUGCCAAAGAUUAAUAACACUAAGGAAAUCAGACCUAAUUGUUCAGUUCCACCCAUCAAGAGUGAUAGAAAUCAAUAAUAGUAACUACACCAGAAUUCUUUACAUGAAGAACGAUCUAAGUCUAUUGUCAAUUCAGUGCAACUGUUGGAGAUGGAGAGAGUUAGAUAGAAAAAGCUAUUAGAAAAGUAGCAGAACUUAAAGAUCAGCGUCAUUCAUUAGAAUGCUAUUCCAUAUAUAAACAGUUCGUCUUCUUAAAUCCAAAAUCUGUAUGCCAACAAACAGCACAAUAUAAGAGAUGCUCAAAAAUAAUAUGUAGAAGCACCAAAACCCAUAUGGUGGGGAUGA